CUGUUGCGCAGGCGCAGAACUACAACUUCAGGGUUUUCCCCAACGGCCUGUUUUUGCACGUUAGGAGAAACUACAUUUCCCAUAAUUCUUUGUUCCAGGGCUGAGGCGCCUCUGGGCUCCGGAAUCGCCCGCGGCCGUGACUGCCGGACCCACUGCGGACAUGGCUGUCUUGACUGGAUCCCUGUUGGGCCCCACGAGUAGGUCGGCAGCGUUGCUGGGUGGCAGGUGGCUCCAGCCCCGGGCCUGGCUGGGGUUCCCGGACGCCUGGGGCCUCCCCACCCCCCAGCAGGCCCGGGGCAAGGCUCGCGGGAACGAGUAUCAGCCGAGCAACAUCAAACGCAAGAACAAGCACGGCUGGGUCCGGCGUCUGAGCACGCCCGCCGGCGUCCAGGUCAUCCUUCGCCGAAUGCUCAAGGGCCGUAAGUCGCUGAGCCAUUGAGGAUCGCGACGCAGUCGGCGGGACCCCCACGGAAGCAUCGCCCUCGCUUCGGACCUUGCCUGGCGCUAUUUUUGCAGGGAGCUGGGGAGCAGGAACGCCUCGGACCUGAGUGCUCUCCAUAUUGUGGGGUUGAAGUCCGGAUGGGAGCUUGCCAAGUCCCUUUUUAGGCUUUUGAAUUAGGAAGCAUUUCGAACCUGCGCAACAGAUCAAAGAACAGUACAACGAACAUCCGUGUACCCAGUACACAGCCCUGACUACCGAUUACCUACAAUCCGUCCCUGCCCCAUCCUCAGUUCUUCUGAAGCUGAUCUCAGGCAUCGGAUUAUUUCUUCUGUAAAUAUUUCAGAAUGUAUCUCUCCAAGAUGAGAGCUCAUUAAAAGAUAAUUACAAAGCUUAUUACAUCCAAAAGAAUUAUCAAUAAUUUUGAAAUAUUAUUAAACGUGUAAUAAAUGUUCAAAGUUCCACUUGC